CUGACUCACAGAGAACAGAGGAAACGACACAUCAGAGCAGCUCAUUCAGUUGGCGUGUGCACAUUCAGAUAGCUGAAGUAAGCCUUCCACUUGAGAGGAAGGGAAGGAGAUACAUUAUGGGAGCAUCUUCCUCCGGCUUGUUGGAUGAGGGUAAAACCAACAACAUUAAAGGACUUGUCAACAGUACGUUCCAGAGCUUCAGUGUGUUUUACCGUCAGCAGUAUUUAGCAGCCUACAUUGGACACUUACACCAGGAGGUGGAGCCUAAAAAAGAGGGGAGAGGCUUAUUGCUCACCCAAGAGCCUCAGCAUGGAGGCAUGGAGGAAGUGCUGUAUCAAGGGAGUGUGAAGUUCUCCUGCUGGGAGGAGCAGGGGAAGAAGUGCAGAGAGGGAUACGCCGUCCUGAGAAGAGAUUACAAAGUGGAGAUACAUGAGAAUGUGGAGACUUUCAGUCGUGGAUGUGCAGCCAAGUUGGUCCUCCAGCCAGCAGGGGGCAGUGUGUUCACCACAGAGGAGGAGUCCAGGGCUCGCCUGGAGCAAACCUGUGCUGGAAUACUCAAUGGAAGGAAGGAGGAUUCUUCUUCGGUGGUACCUUCUCCAGAUGUGCUUGCUGUGUAUCUGCACCUGCCUUAUAUGGGCCACACCUGCUUCCUGUUCCAACAGGAAGAGGAACGAGAUAACUUCCUGUCUGCACUCAAGACCUGCAUUCGACACUGCAACCUUGACCCCUGGUGUGAUUCAUCCUACGAGAGCCAGGCGUACGUCCGAGCCCUCCGACUCUACCGACAGGACAAAGGAUGCUAUGAAUUCCGGGAAAUGCUGCUGGGCACUGAGGAGCAAGUGCUGGCCUUCCAGGUGAUGGAGGAAAUGUUGUCAUGGUUACAGAGUCAGAUUCAGGCCAGAGUGAAGGGCAAGAAGACUGAAAGGAUUCGACAGUGGCUGGCAACAGUACAGGCAACCUACAUUUUGGUGCUUGAACAACUUACUGCAUGUCUGGAGGCUCUGCGGGAGGAGUGUCGUCAGACAGCAUCAGCCAAUCAGGCGCUGAUCAGAUCCAACUUGGACCAGAUAAUAUCUUCUCACUGCUUCUUGGAGGAGAAGGUCAAAGCGUGUGUACGUGCAGAAGCAGAGAAAGUAUGCAGCCAGUCUGUAGCACCCUACAUGUCCUCCAUCCUUGAAGCGCUGACAGAAAACAUAAGCGCUGGGAUUCAGGGGAUGCAACACACACUGCACACACUGAUGGACUUCACACACACACAUGGAGGACCGGAGGAGACGGAGAAGGCCUUGUCCCCUCUGCGCUCCAUCAGUCUGGAUCCGUGCUACAGGCAGGUGGAGAACCUGACGGAGAAACUUGGGGACUUAAAACAGCGGUUUGGAUUGAGCAGCACUCAGAGACUGGUUCACUCCACACACCUGGAGAUGGAGAAGCUGUCGGACAGCGCCGUGUACACCUUGCAGCUCUUCCUCCAGGCCUCAGCCCGGCUGCAGCCUUCUCAGAUCCCCGUCCAGAUGGAGAGAGACAAAGAACGAGUCCGGAAGCAGCUGGACUAUGACAGCAGAGUUGUCCAGAGGAGGCUCUACCAGGAAGCUCUCCUGGAGAUCACUCUGCCUGCUCUCACCAGGAAGAUGGACGGCAGGUGGAUGAGUGAGCUGCAGCAGUUCGAGCAGUACAUUUUCUCAGACUACUGCAGUUUCAUUCUGGUUCAUAACGUCUACGAUGAUGUUCUGAGAAAGAUCCUCAGUCAGGAGAUAGAGACAGUGGUCCAGGAGGCAGCCAGUAAGAAGAGUAACAGUCUCUCGUUGGACACCGAGCAUCUGACCUUUAGUCGGUACAGUCUUCUGGGGGAGACGCCCCCUCGCUCUGCACCAGGCAGCCCCGCCAUUGUCACUCGAGACUGCUCAGCGGCACCCCCAGGUGCAGGUAAAGGACCUGGUCCUGUGGGGGAUCAGGAGGGAGGUCAGAAGGUCACAGCUGAGCUUUGCCCUCAAAGCGACGCAGAUCUCCACGCCGAUGUCCAAUCUGAACACAAUAUGGCUCAAAGUUGUGACCAGAGCGCAGUGCUUCUGUGUCCUGGCAUCACGGUGACACAAGAGUCAGAUGGAUCUGUGUCCGAGGAGGAAACACAAGAAGAGGUCCGGCUUGUAACUGACGCACCAUCGGCGAGGAAGUCAGCGACAACUGGAUCGGUCACCAAUGAAGUCGGUACCCUCGAUGCACCUGCAACCCAGGAGUCCACUAAUCCCAUCCCAGACUCUCCUGACCUUUCAAUGUCCACUCUGUCCUCGCCGCAGGCCACAGGCGUUCAAGUCAAAUGUGCUCCAAGUGAUCAAUCAGCGACGCCUGAAUAUUCAGCCACACCUGUUCUCUCGACCUCAGACAGAGAACCAGAAGACACAAGAGUCCAGCAUCCCGGUCCCUCAUCAUCACAGCCACCUGGGACACAUAGUCCAACGAAAAUCAGCCUGGGGUCACUAAGCGAGGCGAUCGGCUGCCACUCUGUAACACAGACGAUGCCACAGACCCCCACUGACCGGGCCGUCUACCUGACGGGAGAAAUGAAGGACAACUGGGAGGUGCAGAGGGUCAAAGAGGAGAAUCAGACGGAGGAGGUGAUGAGACAUGAGAGAAUCAAAGACGGUAAAGAAGAGGCCGAGGCAGGACAAGGGAAAGAAGGGCAAAUGGGAGGUAAGCCUGUCGAUGAAGGUUGCCCACUCUCUGAAUCACCAGCAGAGAGCGCCACUGAGCAGAGGGAGCGCGAAGACAAGGCCCAUGAUGGAGAGAGAGAUAGUGAGCUUGAGACUAAGAAAGGAAAAGAAGACCAGGAGGAGGAAGUAGAGGAGAAAGACGAUCAUAGUGAAAAAGAAGGAAAGAAGGAAAAAGAGGAGGAGGAGGUUCUCGAAAGACCUCGUCCAAUGGAACUGCAGCCAGAGAGUGCUGCUGAGCUGCCAUUGGACAGUGUGGCGAUCGUCAGGGAACUUGUGGCUGAGAUUACUGAAGUGGAGACCAUCGUCGGCCCCGGUCCCAACAGCAGCCAAACACCCUGACAGACCGGUCACUAUGACGACCAGGUGUCCUACCUGCAUGAGAUGGUCCAAUGAGGCAAGAACGUCCAGAGAGGAGAAGGUUCACUCUGCGUCACUUUUAUACUCCCGCUUGACCAAGACUAGAACCUUGUUUUUACAUACUGUAGUAAUCAUUGUUGUUGUAUAAAAGAUACAAAUGAUUUUGUCUUCUGAUGUUUACAUUUGCUGUUUUUCUUUCUGCUCACACUGAAAUCAAUAAAACGACCCAAAAAAGACUUAUGAA